AUGGGGUCACUAGGCACAUACUUUCUCGACUUUGUCUAUUCUUUCACAAACUGCAUGGUUUGCUUUCCAAGCUCACCUCAACUGAAAGUCAAUAGUCGAAGCUUCAAGAUACUGCGGUUGCUGGGUGAGGGUGGUUUCUCAUAUGUGUACCUGGUACAAGACAAUUCAAAUCAGCAGCUGCUUGCGCUGAAGAAGAUAAGAUGUCCUUUUGGACAAGAAAGCGUCAGUCUUGCGCUGAAAGAGGUUGAGGCAUAUUCACUCUUUGCGCCACACCCGAACAUCAUUCACUCAAUCGACUACUCCGUCGAGACCGACAAAUCAGACCCGUCUGCAAAGACUGUCUACAUCCUCCUUCCAUACUACCGCCGCGGCAACCUACAAGACAUGAUCAAUGCGAACCUGGUCAACCACACAAAGUUCCCGGAACGCAGGCUGAUGGAGCUAUUCCUGGGCGUUUGUAAAGCUCUCAAGGCGAUGCAUCAAUACAAGGUCAAAGGAGGACCCGGAGGUGGGGCAAGUGAGGGGAAAGCGAAGAAAGUCAGAAGAGACGCUAAGAGGGCCGACGCAGAGGCCGCGGAGAGUAUGGAGAUGCGUCCAAGCAGACGGAAUCGCGACCACGACGAAGAUGACGAGCAAGAAGCCGAAGGGCUGCUUGAGGAGUCUGAGGUCACAGCGGCACACGAAGGCAUUGCGCCUGGCGGAGAGAGGGCAUACGCGCACAGGGAUAUUAAGCCAGGAAACAUUAUGAUAGAUGAUGACGGCAAGACACCCAUCCUAAUGGAUCUUGGCUCCCUCGCGCCUUCACCAACACCCAUCACAUCGCGCUCUCUUGCUCUGCAAGUCCAGGAUACUGCUGCUGAACACUCGACAAUGCCUUAUCGCGCACCUGAGCUGUUUGAUGUCAAGACUGGCUCCGUCAUUGAUACCAAAGUGGACAUAUGGUCGCUAGGUUGCACAUUAUACGCGUGUCUUGUAGGCAAGAGUCCUUUCGAAGCACGAUCAGACGAGACUGGAGGCAGUUUAAGUAUUUGUGUGCUGGGUGGAGACUGGAGGUUCCCAGACGAAGGUAUACAAAGGGGCAAGCAAAAGGCCAAUCCCGAGGAUGCCAUCUCAGACAGCGUAAAGGAGGUGGUCAGGAAGUGCUUGAGACUGGAACCAAGUGAACGCCCAGAUGUGGACGAGCUGAUUAGGAUUGUGGAAGACGUGCUGAGGAAUCUGCCCGAGGAUGGCUCGGACGACUAG